CACUUUGAACGCACGCAUUCCUCGGGGACCUACUUAUCAUCCUGAAGAGAAGAGCUUUUUUUCCGGGUACCGGAUCCUUCCGUGGUGUGCCAUCCGGACUGAAACAGAGCAGGAGAAAGAAAACCACGCUGAGCAUCACCAGUCCUGCUCAGGGUCAUCAAGACUCUCCAGACUUUUGGGUAAAUUACCCUCAACUAACCUCUUCAGAACUGCUGCCCAGCCAUGAGGAUCUUCAACCUGCUCUACCUGCUGCUGCUGCUCGUCGCCGUUGUCGCUUCAGUCUCCUCCGUCAGGCCAGAUUUCCUGAAGCUACGGAGGAGAUACAACAGGCACCAUUGCUCACACAGACGCUGCCUGCCUCUCCACUCCAGAGUACCCUUCCCCUAAGGUGAGACAUGUGCACUCAUACGUGUUUCUGUGUGAUAGAUGGAACAAAACAAGGUUACAGAGC